UUCUCAGGUUUUUAUUUAUGUUUUUGCAAAAUGCCGGACAAACCAGUCGACGUUGGACCGUUCGAAGAGAUAGACGUUUGUUCUGCUGAUUUUAUUCAAUAAUUACUAUGGCUUACAUACAAAUUCUGUUGAUCGCUGCGUCUGUCAGCCUGGUGUGGGGUCAACGACCUUUCUUCGCUGGUUCCCGGCCCAUUGGAUACCCUGAGGUAGAGAGGCCAUCGACGCCUGCAGACCAACUUGGAAAUCGGUUCGGCGAAGGAACCACACAAAGGUUACCAAUAGAAGCUAACGGUGAUAGAGAUUUAGUUGACAGAUUAAGCAAACUACCCAUAGACAAGCAGCCGUUCUGGUUUAUCAACUGGCAGGCGAUAGAAGCCCAUAGACAACAACCGCAGUCUUAUCCAAUCAGACCUAAUCCAUUCGCUGAAAAUCCACUUGUUCCCAAUAACUCAGGUAGCUUCAACACUGCAAAUAAUCUAGGCAACAGAAGUGGUGACUCUAAUAAUGCACCAGUGACUACCACUUCGACUGUGGCUCCAACGACGGUGAAAGCCAUUCCGCCUAGUACUAUCGCUAGUACUCUCUUAAAAAGUGAACCAACAGCAAGUACUUCAACUAAGGACGUAACAGAAAAGAAGCCUGUGAAUUAAAUAAUUUUCAAUUACAUAUGAAGUAGUUAAGUCUAAUUUAACUGAACUUGUAAUCAAAUUUUAAAAUAAAUCAUUUUGUUUAAUUA